GCCGCGGCAGCCCAGGCUCAUGCCCCGCGGGGGGACCAGAUGAAGCACAUCUGGACAGCUGUGCUGAGAAACUGUGCGGCCCUUUCGCGGACCCGACGUCAGCAAGGCACGUCCCCCACGUCCUUUCCUUGUGGCCACUUCUUAUUUACUCAUUGUCCCAGAGAGGCCACCAGGGACCCAAGCUCCAAACUUUUCCACACCCCCUAAUGCGAGACGGGGCCAGGUCCCAUCCAACACCCAGUUUAAUUUUCAUGGGGCGCUGGGAUCAAAAGGACAGAAGCAGCAGCAACAAAAGCCCAGCCGCUGCCUGGUUUUAAACUGGCAGAAGUGGGAAAAAUAAGGUGUUGAGUAAACAGACCAAGUUGGCUCUGCUGCUCUGAUUCUAAGGUGCUUGAUCUACUGAGACCAAAGAUGAUGAAUCACUCAGAAGGGAGAAGUGGACCAAAUCACACGAAGGUCAUGGGGAGUUUCAAAGGUCAUGCCCUCCCUGGAACCUUCUUCUUUAUCAUGGCUCUUUGGUGGAGCACUAAGAGUAUUCUGAAGUAUAUCUUUAGAAAGCAAAAGCGGACCUGCUACCUGGGUUCCAAAGCAUUAUUCCGUCGAGCAGAAAUUUUGGAGGGAAUUGUUUUACUCUGCAUGGCCUUAAUUGGCAUGGCUGGGGAACAAUUUGUUCCCGGAGGACCCUACUGGAGCUUAUAUAAAGAAGGCCGGUGGAACAAAAUCUUGGCCUGGCAUCAUUUCACCAUGUAUUUAUUCUUUGGACUGGUAGGGGUGUCCAACAUCAUAUGUUUCACCAUCAAUUCACUUCCUGUCUCCUUACCCAAGCUAAUGAUGUCAAAUGCUUUAUUUGUGGAGGCUUUUAUCUUCUACAACCACACUCACGGCCGGGAAAUGCUGGACAUCUUUGUGCAUCAGCUGCUGUUCUUGGCCAUCUUUUUGGCAGGCAUUGUUGCCUUCAUGGAGUUCCUGACCCGGAACAAUGUGCUUGUGGAGCUUCUGCGGUGUAGUCUCAUUCUGCUACAGGGGACCUGGUUCUGGCAGUUGGGUUUUGUCCUUUACCCCCUUGGUGAACAUCCUUCAUGGGAUCUGACAGAUCAUGAAAACGCUCUGUUUCUCACCAUGUGCUUUUGUUGGCAUUACCUAUUAGCCCUCACCAUCAUUGGAAUGAAUUAUGCUUUUAUCACAUGGUUUGUUAAAUCCAGACUUAAGAGGCUCUGUCCCUCGGAAGUUGGACUCCUGAAAAAUGUUGAACGAGAACAAGAAUCAGAAGAAGAGAUGUGAUUUGGGCGGACAUCCAGUCUUUCUAGAUAAACCUUCUCUUUUUUUGCCUUGUCUUUGUUCAUGGUUUUGUUUCUAGUCCUUUAGUUUGGAGAACAGCCACUGAGGAUGGCUCUCAGUGUACUAUUUGCAGUUCCAACUUUGUUAAAAGCAUUUAAUUUAAGUGUUUAAUUUUGGCAUUGAAAAUACUUUGGGUGAUAAGUUCAUUCUGCACAUCAUGUACAAUGUGGUCUUUACAGGCUAGGGUGAUGUUUCUCAUGCCAUCUAAAGUCUGGGGCCCAUAUUAAGAGAAAUAAUUGUUUAAUUUACCUUAUAUAAAUGCUCAAGGUUCUUGGGAUUCCUACCGUUUGUAACUUGUUGGGCUUGGGAUUAUAUGUGUUAAUCUUGUUGCUGCAAUGAGAAAUAAACAAAUGCAUGCACCGUGGUGCAGGAACCUCAGAUCUUUUAUUUUUAAACCACAUCCACGAUGCAGAAGAAGCUGCCUGACACAGAGAAUUCUUUUGGUGAGACCUCCCUCUGGAGUGCCCGCUUUCCCCUUAGGGAAAAUAGGGCAGAAGUCCACCUGAGGUUUCUGAUCUUUCAGAGAAGAUACAAGGGAUCAUCCCCAGGACAGGUGGUUGCAAAGCCACCAGAGUCUGAGAGAGGAGAGUGGUGGUGUUAUUUAUGUAGCAAAAAGGUCACCCAGUAGCAUAGCAUGACCACCAUGCCAGGCCCUCCUCUAAACAGGUGAAGGAUUUGAGUGAGACAAAGCCUUGUAUGGAAUACCUGGAUAAAAACUUAGAACUCUGAGCUUGUCUGUGGGCUAGGGUGCCCUAUGGAGAGUCAAGGAAUCUAAUUCUCCCUCUACAUUAAUUAGUCUCUGGGUCUCUGGUACUCACCAUGUUUUCUUUGUAAAGUAAGAGAACUGAAUUGGACGAAUCAUGGCCCCUUUUUGGCUGCCAUGUUGUUAUGAAUCUAGUACUAAUUUAGUUCCGUGUUAGUCAGAAAGGCCUGUCGCUGGCACCACAGAACAGGGAAGAGGAACUGUGGGAAUCCUGGAGGGGUGGUCCAGAUGUGGAGGAGAGAAGGCAGCCAUGUGGGCAGCUGGAACCUAAGCAUGGGCAAUUGGCUGCUGAAGACCCCCUGGCAUAACAGGAGCCCCAGCCAAUCCAGAGGUAGCCCAGUCUGGUAUGUAUCCCCUAACAGUGGGGAUGGAGGUGAGUGAAUUGUUCAGGCCCAACAGCUGGCACAGUCAUUUUAUUACGUGAGGUUUGAAAAGAACAGAUGUGGAUGCCCUCAGGUUUAACGAAAUGUACUUUUAGUGCAUCUCUGGCAUGUGAGAAUGUCCUCAUGGCCCAGUCCCUCAGGGAGCAGGGCAUUCGGUCCCAGGUGUGUCCUGUAUCUCAGGGCUCCUUGCUAUUUCUGCAAGAUUCUAUAACUCUGGCAAAGUUGAAUUUCAAGGGAGAGAGCAAGUGUUAGUUGCAGUUACCUGAAACUGGCGUGAUUGGUAUUGAGGGGGGCUUUUGGGAUAAUUAGCAUGCACCAGAUUGGAAUUUUGAACAUGGAUAACGCAUCUGUUCUCCUAGUCUCCCCAAGAGAGCAGAAAUAUCCACAGAGAAUACCUGUCAGGUGCAACCCAGUGAGUUCUCAGAGGAGGAACAUUCAGUUCAGGUCUAAAUCCUCAGUCUGUGGCCAUGUGCCUUUAGUCCUUGAAAUGUCACGAAUUUGAACACCAUUAUUGUAAAUUGGCAGUGAUGUAUUUUACAACUGCCAUCUUUGUGGAAUGACACAAAAAAUUAGUAAAGCUGUAAGCCUG